AAACAUGUUGCCCAGCAGAAGCAGUUAUCCUAGCUCAAGUUGAACACUGACAAUGCCCAAUCCACAACGAAUGCGACAUGGACUCGGCAGACUCCGGCUGCUGCUUGAUCUUGUUAUAUUUCUCGCGAUUUGGCAUCAAUGUUGCGCCAUGGAUUAUGGUGAAAGCAACGCAUGCAGUGAGGAUCAUGCUACAACACCCGACAAUUGUGGGCCGGAGGGUGUUCAUAAAGUGUCGGUAAACGGCUGCUUCAAAUAUUACUGCUACCGUCGUCUGGGUGAGCAGUGCUAUCCAGGCGAUGAGACAACAGCAUGUGCUAAGCAUCUAACGUGCAGCUGUAACAAAUGCAUGAACUGCGAUCCUACAACUAACGAAUGUGUCAUGGAUAACUGUCCCAGUUAUUUAAAUUAUAAGAAACGUUUGCCGAACCGUUUGCUGCCUUGGUUUGAUCGUGCACGUUGGCACACCUUCUUGCAAAAGUUUACCAUACCCAAUUACGAGGAUUAAAUGAAGACUUCUACCACUUACCAUACAAUGCAUUGUAUGGUUAGUGCUUCUACAAUAAUUGACAAAUACUCGGACACGUACGCGCUAUACACAUAUGCAUAAUUAAAACAUAUUUAUACGAAUACAAAAAAUGUAGCUAACAAAAUAUAAUCUAGUUGAGCACUGCAUACAAAAUAUGCUUGGGUUAAAAAA